GGGCCGGCUUGCCCCAUAAAGGCUGCCCUGACUGGGGGGGAGCGGCUCACAGUCCGCCAGUCCAACGACGGAGAUGGGGUGGCUCAGCCUGCCGGCUUGCCUGCGCUGCGGCCAGAAGGAGGAAUUCACGUUGUCCACUGAGAAAAUUGCUGACAAAGAUGAAGAGAAUACCGAGCGGGGCAACUGGUCAAACAAAACGGACUAUUUGCUGUCUAUGGUCGGCUACGCCGUGGGUCUGGGCAACGUGUGGCGGUUUCCCUACCUGACCUAUCAGAAUGGAGGAGGGGCCUUCUUGAUACCCUACACCAUCAUGCUGGCUCUGGCCGGGCUGCCUUUGUUUUUCAUGGAGUGCUCCCUUGGGCAGUUUGCCAGCUUAGGACCCAUUUCCGUCUGGAGGAUUCUACCCCUUUUACAAGGAGUGGGAGUCACAAUGGUGCUGAUUUCAACAUUUGUGACCAUCUACUACAAUGUCAUCAUUGGCUACAGCCUCUACUAUUUAUUUGCCUCAUUCCGAAGUGUGCUUCCUUGGGGAUCAUGUGAUCCAGAAUGGGCUGACGCAUUAUGCAGCAAGUCUCCAAUUGUGCUCUCAUGCAAUGUCACAGAGAAUGAUGGCACAGUUAUCCACGCCAACUACUCUUGGGUCCAAAGCCAGAAUCUCACCUGCAUCAAUGAAACCUCACUGUUUGUAAAAACCCAGGUUCCCAGCGAACAAUAUUGGAACAAAAAGGCUUUACAGCGUUCAUCUGGCUUAGAUGAAACGGGGCAGAUUGUGUGGUACUUGGCCCUCUGCCUUCUCCUUUCAUGGCUGAUCGUGGGGGCAGCUUUGUUCAAAGGCAUAAAGUCUUCAGGAAAGGUUGUCUACUUCACAGCAAUCUUCCCUUAUGUCAUCCUCAUUGUGCUUUUGGUGCGAGGCGCUACACUGGAAGGUGCCCACGAGGGCAUUGAGUAUUAUAUCGGAAGGCAGUCCAAUUUCACCAAGCUUAUGGAGGCAGAGGUCUGGAAAGAUGCAGCUACGCAAAUCUUCUUUUCUCUGUCCGUUGCUUGGGGAGGUUUGGUUGCCCUCUCGUCAUACAACAGAUUCCACAACAACUGCUACUCUGACGCUAUCUUUGUCUGCGUGACCAACUGCCUCACCAGUGUCUUUGCUGGGUUUGCCAUUUUCUCCAUCUUGGGUCACAUGGCAUUCGAGGCAGGCAAGAAAGUCUCAGAAGUCGUAGACUCAGGGUUCGAUUUGGCGUUUGUUGCCUAUCCGGAGGCUCUCUCCAAGUUGCCAGUUGCUCCUCUCUGGUCCUUUUUAUUCUUCUUCAUGCUUCUGCUCUUGGGCCUCGAUUCUCAGUUUGCUACAGUAGAAACCAUCACGACAACCAUCCACGACCUGUACCCUCGGCUGAUGAAGAAAAUGAGGAUCCCAGUGACCCUGGGCUUGUGCCUGCUGCUGUUUCUGCUCGGGCUUGUGUGCGUCACGCAGGCGGGAAUCUACUGGGUCAACUUAGUGGACCAUUUCUGUGCUGGCUGGGGAAUUCUUUUUGCAGCUGUCCUUGAACUAGUGGGAAUCUGCUGGAUUUAUGGAGGAAACCGAUUUAUCCAAGACAUAGAAAUGAUGAUCGGGAAGAAAAGUUUCUGGUUCUGGCUGUGGUGGAGGGCAUGCUGGUUUUUCAUCACCCCUUGUCUUCUGCUUGCAAUUUUGGUCUGGUCUUUGAUCACAUUUGCACCUCCUACGUACGGCUCAAUAAAAUACCCCAGCUGGGGAUCUGCUAUUGGCUGGUGCAUGAUCAUCUUCUGCCUCAUCUGGAUCCCCAUUGUUGCAGUUUACAAGAUAAUAAAAGCAAAAGGAAACCUAUGGCAGCGCAUCAUCAUCUGUUGCAAGCCAACAGACACCUGGGGGCCUGCCCUGGCAAGCCAUCGUGGAGAAAGGUACAGCCAUAUGAUCGAUCCCGUCAAAGAGAAAGACAUCGAGAUCCCAACCGUAGAUGCUUACAUACACAAGUUGGAAUGAAGAGAUUGCAGGGUACAAGUGCUGCCUUUCAAAAACUCCAACACCAUGAGUUUGCAAAUAAUGGGAUGGAAACAGAAGCCAUACUAUUUAUUCAGAGAACUUGUACAUUCUAUUACAAAGCAAAGGAUAAGGCAGUGGAACUUGAAGACUGGUUCUUCAGCCCAGCUUGUGCCUGUCUGCACAGCUGCAGGGUGUGCUGAGGUCGCAAGCAAAGCCCUGGCCUCUCCAAUGGUGCUUAAACUGGGUCCAUGCUGUGCAUGGCGAAAGAGUGGGGUGGGUAUCCAGAGCUUGUGAUUCAAGCAUAGUUCUAGAUUCUAAAUGUGUUCAAACUCAGUCUGUGUCAGGGGUAUGCCCAGGGCCCUGGCACAAUGAAGUCCUUGCAAGGCAGGAGUUUGCAUGAGUCCUGUUGGAACUUUCUUCUUCUGCCCGACAAACGAGGGCCACGUUCUUAUUCUACCUCUCAAG